AUGCACCUCGUCACCGUUCUGCCCUUCGUCCUCGUCGCCUUUCUUGGAAGCACGGGUGUCCAAGCUUCAUUCAGACCAGCUAGUGCGUUGCCCACGAAUACUCUCAGAUCCCUGACGGAGCAAGUCCUGAAUGUUCGGUCCAACGUUCGGUGCUCCGUUGUGGAGGCUGUGCCCCCGCCACCGAUCAAGACUGCUAAGCGCUAACGAAUGCGAAAACUCCCCCCUAUUCUCACUCUCCCCUUCUCCUAUCCUCGGACUCGUUCGAUGUCCGUUUCGGGGAUUGUAAUCUCACUCAGAUGCGACCCCCGAAGCCUCCUACCUGGUCGAAUAUGACACAGAAUUCUACGGGAGGCCUGACCAGGGUGCCGUCAGCAAAUUCGGUCAGUUUAGUUCGAUGUCUCGGAAACGACUGGUCACCUCCAGCACGAGGCACGAUGCUGACCUUGCUCCCAUUUUCCACUUCAUUUCCCGAUCAUCCAGGGAAGUAUUUCCACACGGCGUGCGUGGCUGCAGCCAUUCAAAAAAAAUCCCAUCAUUCACUGGCGGUGAGUAAUCGUCAGAAGACGGUCGCGUCUAAAGUAGGAAUGAGGUCGAAGGAGGUCCCUGCCACCGCCGGCCCACCGUUCACAGGACUGACCCGAGUGAAAGUGCUUCCUUUCUCCUGCCUGCUUCGAAAUGAAUCCUUCAGCUCACUGCUUAUCAGGAAAUCAACACUGCCGAUAACUCUACGCCUUGGGUUUAUGCGAGCUGCGGUGGUCGGCCCAAGAGGCAAGGUAAAACACAGAAGCUGAAAUAUGGACUCCCUCAACCCGUCGACGUAUCUGGAUCCAGCGUUGCUGACAUCCCCUUUGACGCUUUGAUCAUCCCACAAGAUGGCACAUGGGACAACAAAGGCCCUGUAACCGAUCUCGUGAGUCUUUCGCAGCCGUGGCCUCAAGUUACCACACGUGCCGCCUCUGCCGUCACUGAUGUAUCGCGAUUUCCGACUUUCCAGAUGGACCUCGCUAUGAAUAACACUCUGUUACCUGGUAAAAAUCGCAUUUUACAUCGUCCCGAUGGUAAGCCGUACGCAUCCGCGUACCAUCCCACGAUCAAGCCGACGCCCGAAACCCCAGAUGCCGAGGCGGCUUCCCCCGUCCCGGCCUCAACCGGGCUCGUCCCCGGUACUACUCCAUUGACGCUUGGACCAGGCGGACAUGGCAGAAAAAGUCGGAAAGGCGGGCCCAAGCGAUUACAAGUUACGGUGAACGAUUUCUUGAUCAAUGGUGACAUGCAGCCUCUCGGCUCGGUCGACACUUUGCUCGGCGGCAUUGUUUAG